AUGUCCUUCGCUUACCCCGAAGGCGAAUGCUUCUUCAAGCGGUCCGGGAUCCGCUCCUCCACCUAUGACCCAGACAAGCCAGAGCAUUUCUACGGCCACCUCCUGGUGGAAUAUAUUUGGAACCGCGCUGCAUUCAGCGAUGAGGCGGCGUACUACACGAGGGACGUCCAUUACCAUCCACGCUCCGCCUACCGGGUAGUCAAGGGCGACUGGUGGGACACCAAAUAUGGAAACUGGACGAAUAUCCACGUCUUGUACGGGAAGAAGCCCUACAGUGACGCAGAAAGGUAUCGGACAGUGGGACACAACCUCUGCGUGAACGGGAAUCGGUUCCGCGACCAGGCCAAAGGGGGUGCGUUUGAGUCCUGGUUUAUGAUCCUGCCGAUGCCCCUGUUAGCCAAGGGGGAGGAGUGGUUUCUUGUUGAUCGCACGGCGUGCAUCCGGGGGAUCUACAUUCCCAUCGCGCAACAGGCCUCGGAGGACUACCCAGACGUGUGCACGUUCCUGCAGGUGAACUUCGCCAUCCCGCGGCAGAUCACGGUCACGGUCCACCCGGCCGUCGAUAGCGACGAUAAGCUCGACUGGGUGGGCGCGCAAACCACGGGGACCAUCAACCUCGAUGCCACGCUGGGGCUGGCCCCGGACGCUCAAUGGACGAUGGCGGUCAACGUCCGCCAGCUCGUCAACCUCCUCUCGCUACCGCGUGCCUUACGCGGCCACAACUGCUUCUCCGCCCGCAUCAUCCGCAUGGUGGACCGCAAGCUGACCCCAACAAAAGCCAGACCGACGCCCUUCGUCAGCGACGGCACCGAUCUUAGCUGGACGACGGUGGCGAGCGCCAACUACGGGCUGUCGAUCCAGUGGAAACCUCCGCAGCCGACGACUUGGCUGGCGGACUUCAUCAAGAACAGCCUCACGGUGGCGGCGGGAUUCCUGCCCCUCGUCGGCCCGGUAGCGGCGGUCUGCUUCCCGCUCGCGUGGACCGCGAUCGUCGAUCCCCGGGCCUUCGAUGGGAUCCUCAAGGAGCUCAUCCCCGUCGCGGACUUGGCGAUGAAAGUGGCGGGUAAUAUGCGGCGAAGUGCCGAGGAGCAAGUGUACUAUCUGCCGCAGGAGUGGUCCGCCACCGUCCACAACUUCAAGCUGCUGGCGGCGGAGAAACAGAGCGCGGCGGAGCAGGAACAGGCCAAGGCCACCCAACCGCCGGCACCCGCCAAGGUCUCCGCGCCGGAGAUGAUCAAGAAGUUCGAGGCCAUUCGCAAAUUCAAGUACUGGAAUCUGAUGAAGCCCCUACCUGCCGCGGUCACCGCCACCGAACCGACGGUCAGACUCGAUGCAGCGGGGGAGCCAGUUGAGGCGCCGCCGAAACCCGCAUCCGCCCCGGAAACCGCUCUUCCGGCUGUUCCUGCGCCGCUCCCCCUCGACAAGCUGAAGCCCAGCUCCUCAUUCCAGUUGGCGGGCCAGGUGCUUCAACGAUCCGCGGCUCCCGCGGCUACGGGUCAUAAUGAUGGCGCUUCGGGGGGGAUCUUGGAUGAGGUACGCCCCGAGGAGAAUCAGGCCAGAGGAGCCACCAACGAUGAGAGCUGGCUGGAUGCGUAUCUCUACGAGGAGCUCUUUGGAGAUGACGAAUGAGUGAAUAUGAACGCACUAGUCUGGCCUUCCAGAGCGGGUUGACUUUCCCCUGGCAAAAGUGUCUCAUGUUAAUCGCCUUCUGUAUUGCGUUCGUCUGUAUGCAUCUGUGUCUAUCGUAAGCGACCCAAAU